CAGAGAAACGAAAGAGAAGAAACUUCCAGUCUGCUUCAGGUAUCAUCAUCAGCCAUGGAGAAGGGAUCUUCUUUCUUGUUCUCAGGCACCCAUUUCGACCGGAAGAGGUUCACCAGAGAGUUUUCCUUAUUUAAAGAGAAAAAAGAGAGUGAGGAAUCACCGGAAAACCUGAGCUUGGUGGAAACUGGAAAGGUCGAAGCAGAAGAGGCGAUUCUAUCUGGCAAAAAGCGGAAGCGGAGAGUGAAAGUUCCUGAAACUGUUCAAGGAUUCAAUGUCUUCAAGACUUCAGACACUGCCAAUGAACUGGAAGACAAUGCAGAUAAUGAUCUUUCUCGUGAUAGGAAGGAAAUGAACAGACAGAUUGAGAGAGAUGCACUAUUUCGUAAGAAACACGGAAUUCAUAUUUCUGGGCAUAAUGUCCCCUCUCUUCUUAAAGAUUUUUCGGAGUUGAGCUCAAGGUAUGGCUGUAAGUCAUAUUUAUUACGCAAUUUAGUGGAACUCGGAUUUAAAGAACCAACGCCAAUCCAAAGGCAGGCUAUUCCAGUCCUCCUCUCUGGCCGAGAGUGCUUUGCUUGUGCUCCAACAGGUUCAGGCAAGACUUUGGCUUUUCUAUGUCCUAUACUAAUGAAACUUAAGCAUGGAUCAAAAGAUGGUAUCCGAGCUGUAAUCCUCUGCCCCACCCGGGAAUUAGCUGCGCAGACAACCAGAGAGUGCAAGAAGUUGGCCAAAGGAAAGAAAUUCUACAUUAAAUUAAUGACUAAGGAGCUCACAAGAAGUGGUAAUUUUGAGAAAAUGCCUUGUGAUAUUCUUGUAUCUACACCACUUCGCAUUCGGUUUGCAAUGCAGAAAAAGAAACUAGAUUUAAGCAGGGUGGAGUACCUCGUGUUGGAUGAAUCCGAUAAGCUAUUUGAGCUUGGCUUUAUGAAGCAAAUUGAUUCUGUGGUCAAAGCAUGUUCAAAUCCUUCUAUAGUACGUUCUCUGUUCAGUGCAACCUUACCUGAUACUGUUGAAGAUCUUGCACGCACAAUAAUGCAUGAUGCAGUUCGAAUUAUUGUGGGUAGGAAAAACUCUGCUUCAGAAUUGAUAAAGCAAAAGCUGGUUUUUGCUGGUAGCGAAGAAGGGAAGCUACUUGCACUUCGACAAAGUUUUGCUGAGAGCCUCAAUCCACCUGUGCUAGUGUUUGUCCAAAGCAAAGAGCGGGCAAAGGAGCUCUACAGGGAAUUGGCAUUUGACAACAUUAGGGUUGAUGUCAUCCAUGCGGAUUUGUCCCAGAUACAGCGAGAAGAUGCAGUUGAUAAUUUCAGAGCAGGGAAGACGUGGGUCUUAAUUGCAACAGAUGUUAUUGCCAGGGGCAUGGAUUUCAAGGGUGUCAACUGUGUGAUUAACUACGAUUUUCCUGAAUCUGCUGCGGCAUACAUUCACCGGAUCGGUCGGUCUGGCAGAGCAGGGAGGAGUGGGGAAGCUAUUACUUUGUACACAGAAGAUGAUGUACCAUUUUUGCGGAACAUAGCCAAUGUGAUGAAGGCUUCUGGCUGUGAGGUUCCAUCUUGGAUCAUGGACUUGCCCAAGCUCAAGCGGAAAAAGCACCGUCCACAAAGAGAUUCCAUCUCAACCAAACCAAAAGACCAAGAAGAAGAAUGAAUCAAUGACAAGUAACCUUAGAAGAAAUUUUCUGUGCUUUUUGUUUGUAGCAACCAUUCAGUUUCAAAUACUAUUUAUUCCAAAGAUUCUCAUACAAGCCACAAUCUUUCCUAGUGCGUAAGUUGUGCUUCGGAGUGUAAUCUUGUCUAAACAGUUUUUGAGAUAAUUAAAUUUUGGUACUGUUCAUCAGAAAAUGUUACUUCUUUGAA